AACACAGAAAGACCUUACAAGAAAUAUCGUCGGGCAGUGGCUACAGUUACUUCUUCUCUUCAUAUUUUAGACAUCUUCACGAUUUUAAAAAUAUAUCUUGGCACUGCAUUUUUCUUAACAUAAACUACAAUGUCGAGUAAUGACUACCGCAUCUAGACAGUUUCGCGUUUCUGAAAAAGUAACUUUGACUUUAUUUCCUGUUUGUUUUUAGUGGGGCUGGGUGACUGGAAGGCGGAGUUCGCGACGCAAAAGGUGCAUAGCGAUACUUCUCGCUAAAACGAAGGAAAGAAUCAGUGUGCAAACAAGAAUGCCUUCCUUUUCCAAAUCUUAUGCCGUGCUUAUAGGAUUUGUAUUACUUUAUAUCAUUUACCUUGUAUUUGGAGCCCUCGUCUUUUCCAUUAUAGAGAGACCUCAGGAGGAAAGACUCAAAAUCGAGCUGAAGACACUCAAAGAGCAGUUUGUUAACCAGAGCUGUGUGAAUGUAACAUCUCUAGAAAGCUUCUUAGUGCGAGUUUUGACGGCGAAUAAGUAUGGGGUAUCAAUGCUUCGAAAUGCUUCGUCCAGUUCAAAUUGGGAUUUCGUCUCGUCUUUAUUUUUCGCCAGCACUUUGGUCACGACCGUAGGUUAUGGUCACACCACUCCACUGUCAGAUGCAGGAAAAGCGUUUUGUAUCAUCUACGCCCUGCUGGGGGUUCCAUUUACAAUGCUGGUGUUGGCUGUCAGUGUCCAACGCCUCAUGCAUCUGCUGACCUAUAAGCCGAUUGCCUUGUACCAGCGGUGGGCUGGCUGGAAUCCCAAGAGAGCCAGCAUUUGGCACUUCUUCCUUCUCCUCUUUUCGGUGGUGCUCUGCUUCUUUGUGAUCCCAUCUGUGGUCUUCAACGCCAUUGAAACCUCGUGGUCCUUCCUGGAUGCCCUCUAUUUCUGCUUCAUCUCACUCUGCACCAUUGGGCUUGGAGAUUAUGUGCCAGGAGAGCAACCAAACCAGAAGCUCAGGGCCCUCUACAAGAUAUCUGUGAUGGUCUACCUGUUGGUGGGAUUGACGAUCAUGUUCCUGGUACUUCGCACCUUCCACAAGCUGGCUGACUUGCAUGGCCUGACAUCAUUAUUGCAUUUGCCCCACUGUGAGGAGGAGGAAGAAGACAAAGAGCCCAUUGUAGUCGAUCAAAGUGCCCCAAAAGAGCAGGCAGAUGUGGACAAGAACACUAAUAAGCCCUUGGACCCAAGUUCCCAGCCCUCCUACAGCUCCAUCAACAGAUAAGACAGAAGUUCACCAUGGUAACUAAUUCCCGUCAUGUCAGUGACGGGAUAAUAAGCUCAUGGUCUUUCCGAAAGUGAAAUGAUACUUUCCUUUGUAAUGAAACUUGUAAUCAGAAUUUAUCCCUUUUACUUGACUUGUGGGGAAGGUUUAUGUGGAAGUAUUUUUCUCAUGUUUUUAAAGAGGGAUUCCAAGAAAUAAGAUGUAUAAUGUGCAUGAAUGCAAGCCAGGUCUAACACUCUUAUAGUAUUAUCUUAUCAACCUGUAACACAAGGGACACGUUUUAUGUUAGCUUUAAAAGUACAGGAAUUCAUUGAAAGUAUCAAAUUAUUAUUAUUAUUCUUGAUUGUACAUUGCUUCUUAUCCCCGAUACAUUCCUUGGUAUGAAUAAGUAUUGGAGCUGGAUUGAAUCGGAACUAACAUUAGGUAAAUGCUGAUACUCCAGCUGGUUGUGGUCUGCGUUCCUGGUUUUGCUGUAGUGUUUUUAUCAUGUUUAUUAUAUUAUAUUAUAUUAGUGCUAUAAAAUUUCUCAAAAUCGAGGUGGUAACAAGUUGGUCCUCAAAAAAGUACAUGUGUUUGAAAAUAUCUGUGGUGUUAGAAUGUAAGAAUUGUAAUGCUGUUACUUUCGCUUUUGAAAAGUGUCAUUAAAAAGUUUUUUUUUUUCUAACGAAAUAGUUUACAGCCUUUCUCAAGCUUUGGGUUGGAGAAUUGGGUGGGAUAGAGUAAGCAUGCGAAGAAAAUGUCGCUUUAGUCUGGCAGACAAAUGUGUGACAGUGGUAGUUGAAUAUAAGUGAUUUACGUCACAGCAUCAAUGCACAUGCUUAUUAAAACCUUGUCUUGUCAUUUGUUCUCCAGACGUAUUUAAAUAAAAUGUAUGUAAACUUCA